AAGACAACAAAAACGGGAUGUCGUCGUUUUAAUGGGAUCAGACGCCCCCGUGAGUCGUGACACCUUAGCACAGUGAAUAUACUCUUUUAUCGCAUUUGUGUUUCCCGGCAGACGAAGAAAGAAGAUGAAGAACCCUAAUCAGCAGGUGCAGAUAAACCCCAACUGGGCUCAACUCCAACAAAAGCUGAAGAGCCAUGGCCCUAAACCUCCAGCAACAGAAACCCCAGCAACCAUCUUAGGGAAGCGGAAAGAGAGAACGGAUGCAGAGUUGGAUGAUUCUCUAUCUCAUGUCAAUCCUCUCACUCCUGUUAAUGAUGAUUGCAGUGUGACAGAUGAAGUAGCCAUGGAUUGUGAAAUGGUUGGUGUCAGUCAAGGAAACAAAAGUGCCCUUGGACGUGUUACACUGGUAAAUAAAUGGGGUAAUGUUAUAUACGAUGAGUUUGUUCGCCCACUAGAACAUGUUGUUGAUUUUCGCACUCAAAUAAGUGGCAUUCGUCCCCGGGACUUGAGAAAAGCAAAGGAUUUUCGAAUUGUUCAGAAAAGAGUGGCAGAGUUUAUUAAAGGACGAAUUCUUGUGGGCCAUGCAUUGCGCAAUGAUCUUAAGGCAUUGCUUUUAAGUCAUCCCAAGGAGGACUUGAGGGAUACAUUGGAGUAUGAACCUUUUAUGAGCAGGGGGAAAGGGUCCAGAAGGGCACUUCGGCAUCUUGCAGCUGAGUUUCUUGAUGUUCAGAUCCAAAAUGGGGAGCACUGCCCAGUAGAAGAUGCUCGCGCAGCAAUGGUUCUUUAUCAGAAAAACAAAAAAGCAUGGGAAAGGAGAGUUAAAGAUCAAAUUAAACUCAAGCAGAAACAGACGAAACGAAAGCCUAAAAAGAAGCGGAAGGAGGGAGAUGAUUUGAAAACUGACCUUGCAGAAACAGCACCGUAGUAUUGACUUCCUGUUUAUAGUUCCAUUUACCGUUCGGAAGCUAAGUUCAAUUCACAAGGAACAGAUCCCAUGUAGCCAAAAGGAAGAACAAAAAGAACGAUAUACCAGACAAUAACAAUUUCUUUCAUCAAACAGAGCUACAGAUAAUCUCAUGAUGUCUUGAAUUGAUAAAAAAAUUUAGACUCACCGCCAUUCUUUCUCCAUGGAGGAAAUUUUCAUUGGUGCCAGCUGAAUUAUUCUUUAUAUUUAAUCCUUUGGUGAAAAGGUUCGUGAAGACAGGAAAUUAUUCUCUCUCCAUGGAGGAAAUUUUCAUGUCUUGUAAAAUGUUUGCUUGUACGCACAAUUUUGUCCCUCGAACAUAAAUUAUUGGUGCAGCAUUUACCCACCAAUUUUUUA